AUGUCCACCCAAGUGGAUCAUUCGAACCCCAUCACACUCUCGCGCUUCAUCUUGGCCGAGAAGGAGAUCCAGGGGAACGCUGACCUUAGUGUACUCUUCACAUCCAUCGAGUUGGCUUGCAAGGUCAUUGCAAGCUCCGUACGUCGCGCGGGUCUAACGGGUCUCUAUGGGCUCGACGGCUCGGAGAACGCUACGGGCGACCAGGUGAAGAAGCUCGAUGUACUGUCCAACGACAUCUUUAUCAAUUCGCUCAAGUUCUCGACCAAGAUUGAGGUGAUGGUCUCAGAGGAAGAGGAGGAGCCUAUCCAUGUGGAGCACUCGUCGGGAGGCACUAAGUACUGCAUCGCCUUUGACCCACUCGACGGCUCCUCUAACAUUGACUGCAAUGUGUCCACGGGUACUAUCUUUGCAAUCUACCAACGUGACGCUUCGUCGGAAGGAGGAUACAAGGACAUUCUACAGCCUGGCAGCAAACUUGUAUCGGCGGGAUACUGCAUGUAUGGUAGCUCUACGCAGCUCGUGCUGACGUGGGGAAAGGGCGUCCAUUGCUUCACUCUGGACCCGACCAUUGGUGCCUUUAUGCUCUCGCAGAAGGACAUCCGCAUCCCGGACGAGCCCAAGGCCAUCUACUCAUGCAACGAAGGCAAUUACGCCCACUGGGAUCGUGCAACUAAGGCGUUCGUCGACGAGUGCAAGGUUAAGCCGUAUGCAGCUCGCUACGUUGGCAGUAUGGUGUCCGACAUCCACCGAACUAUUCUGUAUGGAGGCAUCUACCUCUACCCGGGUAGCGAAAAGUGUAAGGAUGGCAAGCUGCGUCUGCUGUACGAGUGCAACCCCAUGUCAUUCAUUAUGGAGCAGGCGGGAGGUAUGUCGACCACCGGCACGGAGCGGAUCCUCGACCUCGUCCCCACGCACAUCCACCAACGCUCACCGAUCUUCUUGGGCUGCAAGCGCGAUGUCCAGCGAGUCAUCGACCUACACAAAGAGUACAACCAAGUUUAA